UUGGUAUAACUGUGCUGCACUUUCACUAGAGGAACGCCCGAAGAGGAUGUUUAAACUUGGAAUUUCCGUUUUAACACUGAUAAGACAAAGUAUGUUUUAUUUAAUUUCUGUGAAUGUCAAUGAAAAAUUUGGAUUUUUUUCUCAUGUAGUUGGAUUUACGCAAAUCGAAUGACUAUUUCUGUUCGAAAAUUCGUUGAGUCGUUUACAUGUAUAAAAGUUUUUGAUGGCCACCAAUUAAGGUUUUACCUAUCGUGAGUAUCCCCUCGCCACUGUCAAGAAUGCUACAUGUAUGUAAAAUAUACAGCAGAAGUCGACAUUGGAACUGGAAACAACUCAUACUGCAAUGUUAACAUCAUACCUACCGUGAAACUGGCAUUGACUUACAUUGCUUAACACCGUGACUAAGACAGUAAAGUCAAAGCAAAAAAAAAAAAAAUGCAUGCAAAAGCAUUUGCCCUCUAAAAUUUAUGGAGUGAAUUUAAAGCACAUCGUCGGAGGAACAGAGGAAUAAAGGACGGAAGGAACGGAAGCAUUAAGGACGGAAAGACGGAGGUCCGGACUUUGAUGAGGACGACGGAAAAAAAUAGUUCGAGCCACUCCAAUGAAAAAGGAAAAUAGGCAUACCCCGGUUAUAAUAAUUGCACGGGUUAUUUUACUUCUUUAAGGAACUGUGGAAAAAUGUCAUCGAAUCUUACAGUCACGCGGACAAACACCUCACCACAUUAUAACGUGCACGUGUUUUGUAAUGGCACGGACGUGCACGAUCACUUUUCCUCUUCAUUCACGGCGUUUGUCAUUGUGUGGCUCUCGUUAAUUAUGGCGGGAGAUCUGGUCGGCAAUACGAUGGUCAUCUGGGUUAUUGUGAAAAACCCAAACAUGCGCAGUUCCACCCAAACAACAAACUUCUUCCUGCUAAACUUGGCCAUCGCCGACCUUUUGGUGGCAAUGGUUAUUCCGUUUUCAAUUCAUUCCGCUUACAUGGAAUGCUGGGAUAUACCGCUUUUUCUGUGUAAAAUUAACUCGUUCUUUGUAACACUCUCUUUGGUUACCUCUAUCCAUACGUUGAUGUACAUAAGUAUCCACAAGUUUACCUGUGUACGGCGGCUCGUCGUGAACAAUGACCUUCACUCCCCGGUGUCGGUGAGAUCUUGCUUUAUAAUGAUAGGUAUUGCAUGGACUUACGCCGCGAUGUUCAGUACCGCCACCGUCAUUUCCGGUCCUAUAUUUAAGGAGAAAACCAUUCAGUGUGGACCAAAAUAUCCCGUGCCUGGGAAUGCCAGUUUUUAUUUACAUAUCGCUAACCAAAUAUUUAAUGUAUUUAUUCCUCUCGUUGUACUUGUCUUUUGUUAUAUUUGUAUAUUCUUGUACAUAAGACGUCAUGCCAUUGUCCAACGUCAACUGACCAUUGCUCCAAACGAGGGAGUUCAAACCCAAAGUGAAAAAGGUGUGGCCUUGACCUUAGUGAUUGUCAUUGCGUGUUUCUCGUUGUCCUGGUUACCAUACAUGGUGUACACGAACCACGCAACUUUCGUAAUGGAAAAACACAGUGGCAUUCCGAAUUAUUUCAACCCAAUGGCGUAUUGUUUCGGGUACAUGAACAGUGCUUGUAAUCCGGUAAUCUAUGCCUGGAGGUUCCCGCAAUUUCGCCAAGGCUACAAGGCAAUCUUCAACAAGACCAAGUACUUCGUUACUGUUGUUGACGGUGGUCGUAGAAUCACGCGCCCAGUCUGCAACAGUAAAACUGAAAAUGAGGCUGAUCAUCAGCUGUCAAGGGCAUCCAUUAAUGACAUCACAUCCUUAUAAAUAUAAACCUCAGCCAUCAUUGAACGAGAUUGGUACAGCUAGUGGAAAUGCCAACAAAAUCCUCUAUAUUUAUAGGUCGAAUAGCAAAUUCCUGAGUGGUUAAAAUUUUAAAAAUAUAUUUUGAAAACACCUUGUGGUCAUUUGCAAAAUUAAUCUGUUUAUAUAAAUACAAAAUACUUUG